AUGACCGAAGCCCCAAAAACAAUUUCAGGGGAAUUCCCCUUUGAGAAGAAGAAAGUUCAAAUUUUGGGCUCCCAAAUGGCAUAUGUUGACGUGGGAACCUCUGAUCGAAACUCAGCAGUCACCGUGUUCUUGCACGGUGUCCCUACGUCUUCGUAUCUAUGGCGAAACAUCAUUCCGUAUGCAGCUGCAAAGGCUCGUUGCAUUGCCCCAGACUUGGUUGGAUUUGGAGAUUCCGACAAGGUUCCUGAGGCAUAUUUUUUCGAGGACCAUCAGCGGUACAUCGACGCCUUUCUAGAUACUGUCUUGCCAACCCAACCAAUAAAUCUCGUCAUUCAUGACUGGGGAUCAGCACUCGGGUUCAAUUGGGCUCGUAGAAAUGGGAACCGCCUUGCCGGUAUUGCCUUUAUGGAAUUUAUCCACCCCAUAGCGAAUUGGAGCGACUUACCAGUUGUUAUGGUGGAGAACUGGAAGAAGUUCCGAGAUCCAGAUACUCGAGUCGGUAGAAGCCUGUUAAUCGAUCAGAACGUCUUUAUCGAGCAUCUUCUUCCCGGUGGUAUGGUGCGGCCAUUGACCGAUGAGGAAAUGAACGCAUACCGCAAGCCCUUUCUACAGCCCGAAUGGCGUGAGCCAAUCUAUCGACUUCCCAACGAGCUUCCUAUAGAGGGCCAACCUGAAAGUACAUGGUCCUGUGUAGAGAAAUACAUGGAAUGGUUAGUCGCCAGCGACAAGCCGAAACUUCUCUUCUGGGCCAGACCCGGAGGACUUGUGUGGGAGGCAAAAGCGGAGGAGUUUGCGCAAAAAUUGAAGAACAUAAAGGUCGUGUAUUUAGGAGAGGCGAUUCAUUAUGUACAAGAAGACCACCCGCAUACGAUUGGCCGUGAAUUGGCUGACUGGCUACCUCUAUCUUCAGACUAG